AUGAAAAUCCUCGCCUCCCUCCUGGCCACCGCGUUGUGCCUGGCCCACGUCGUCUCCUCCGCCGGCCUCGAGAUCGACUACCAGACGCCGGACAUUGAGUGCACGCGAAAGACGCAAAAGGGCGACAAAAUCGACGUCCACUACCGGGGCACGCUGCAGAGCACGGGCAAGGAGUUUGACUCUUCGUAUUCAAGAGGCACACCGUUGAGCUUUGAGUUGGGCGCGGGGAGGGUCAUCAAGGGAUGGGACGAGGGUCUGUUGGACAUGUGCAUUGGUGAGAAGAGGAAGUUGACGAUCCCGCCCGAGCUGGGGUACGGGGACAGGGCCGUUGGGCCGAUCCCGGCGAGCAGCGUGCUGGUUUUCGAGACGGAGUUGAUGGGGAUUAAGGGCGUCAAGAGAGACGAGUUGUGA